AUGAAGUUCUCAACCACCACUUUGGGCUUUGUCCUCUCUUUGUCUGCCGUCAUGGCUGCUCCCCUCAAGGAGCGUGCUGUCGAGGUUGCCACUGUCACCGAGACCUACACUAAGGUUGUUCAAUCAACAGCUGUAGUUUGGGUUGCUCCACCUGCAAAGAGUGAGCACCCUGCUGCGUACUCCGCAAAGCAAUAUGGCUCCUCAACCGAAUCUACCUCCACCGAGGCCACCACCACCACCACCGAGUCUACCUCCACCGAGGCUAAUUCUACCUCCACCUCCAGCUCCACCGAGGCUACAUCUACCUCAACUACCUCAACUGCUGAAUCCACGACUUCUACUACUGUAGAGCCCACAACAUCUACAACCAGCCAGGAGCCGACCACUUCUUCCACAUCGGUCUCAAUCCCUUCAACUACCAUUGAGAUUCCAACCACAACCUCCGUCAUACCUACUUUUACCCCGUUAUUCGUUCCGACUACUACCCAGCCCGCUGCUACCUCUGCUGUCGCAAAGGCUGUAGAGUCAGCGGUCAGUAGUGGUUCUGGUUCUGGUAUGUAUGCGGGAGAAAUGACGUACUAUACGCCUGGCCUCGGCUCUUGCGGUAUAACGAGCGGUGAAAGCGAUUACAUCGUUGCUCCCUCUCACCUAUAUAUGUUGGAGAGUUAUUCUUCGGGUUUAAACCCUAACAAGAACCCUAAGUGCGGUCAGCAAGUUAUGAUGACGGGCCCAACGGGGAAACAAGUUCCUGCAACCAUUGUUGAUACUUGUCCAGGAUGUAAUGGCAUGUAUGAUCUCGAUUGCACUCUCGAACUCUUCAAGGCACUCGGUUGCACUGAGAUUGAUGGAAGGUGUAAGAUGACCUGGUCACCCAUGUAA